AUGAAUUACCAGACCCUCAGCAUGGCAGGUGAUGCCUCUGAGUCACAACAGGGAAGAGAAGACCAGUCGGCUUCCACGAUACCGCGCCCAGACGCCCUCGACGAUGCCACUCCAACAUCAAGACCACCGACCACCUCCGCACAGAGCUUCACACCCCGCUCGCUCAUUGUCGGCCUUAUAAUCGGAGCCUUGAUUACAUUCUCCAACACAUACUUCGGCCUCCAGACAGGAUGGAUCAGUACGAUGGCUAUGCCCUCCGCCCUGAUCGGCUUUUCGGUCUUCAAGGUGUUAUCUAAACAUCUCUCGUUUCCGUUCACACCGAUUGAGAAUGUGUUGAUUCAGACAGUUGCGGGGGCUGUGGGGACUAUGCCGCUCGGUUGUGGGUUUGUCGGUGUCAUCCCUGCCUUGGAAUUCCUGCUCAAGGAUGGCGAGGACGGACCGAAAGGUGAUGGUGGAGAAGGCGAGGGAGGGCCUCUCAAGCUUGGGUUUUGGAAACUGGCGGUUUGGAGUCUUGGAGUUUGCUUGUUCGGAGUUGUUUUUGCAGUUCCGUUACGCAAAGAAGUCAUUGUGCGAGAGAAGUUGCGGUUUCCAAGCGGAACUGCGUCGGCAUUGAUGCUUCGUGUUCUUCAUGGUGCCGGGAAAGAUGAGAAAGUUCCAAUUGACGCGCCGCGCCGCCCAAUUGAACUUACUCAAGAACCCGGGACGUCAUCGCCGCCUUUGGAGGAGGAGAGAAGUGGUCUACUAUUGAAAGAUAGAGAGGUUGAAGAUCAGGCAACGGAUAAAAAAGAUUGGCAAACGAAGAUGCGCUUGUUGAUUGGCGCAUUUGUAGGGUCUGGUAUUUAUACUGUAUUCUCAUACUUUGUUCCUUUGGUCCAUGAUAUCCCCUUAUUUGGCGUGGACCUCGCUCAUUAUUGGCUUUGGACUCUGAAUCCAUCCCCCGCAUACAUUGGGCAAGGAAUCAUCAUGGGACCAGCAACAUGUAUGCAUAUGCUUUUUGGCGCGGUGCUUGGAUGGGGCAUUCUCUCCCCCCUUGCCAAGUCUUAUGGAUGGGCUCCGGGGCCUGUCGACAGUUGGGAAGACGGAAGCAAAGCAUGGAUCGUGUGGAUAUCACUGGCUAUCAUGCUUGCCGAUUCUCUGGUCAGCCUCGGUUGGCUGGUUGUCAAGCCUUUGGUCAAUCAUUCUCCUCGAUGGCUAGCCCACCUCAGGUCCACCCGCCUUGGACAAUGGGUUGCAUUCAAACUGCAAUGUGCUGAAUCUCAUGAGCAUUCUUAUAUCAAUUACUCUGCCCUGAACUCUGGUCAAUCUCACGAACAAGAAGGCCUCAACACUCAGACUAUGCCAACGAUCGCUAUAGAUACGCAGGAAAAUGAAGAUGCUCCGCCAUCCCAGCUCAUCUCAACUCGUACAGUGAUUAUCUUGCUCCCAUUAACUCUGAUCCUGAACGUUGUCUGUAUGCACUUCGUUUUCGGCGACAUUAUGUCCCCAUUUCUAUCGAGCUUAGCGACUGUUCUUGCUGUCCUCCUUUCCAUAAUGGGUGUUCGAGCCCUAGGCGAGACAGAUCUGAACCCAGUUUCUGGAAUCAGCAAACUAACACAGCUCCUCUUUUCCCUCGCAACCCCAGCUUCUCAUUUCUCUCGCCGAACAGCACUAGUCACGAACCUGUUAGCAGGUGCAGUAUCUGAAUCCGGCGCACUCCAAGCAGGCGACAUGAUGCAAGACCUAAAAACAGGCCAUCUUCUCGGCGCAAGCCCCAAGGCCCAAUUCUACGGCCAAAUGAUCGGCAGUGUUGUUGGAGCCGUCCUGUCAACUGCUGUAUACAAAAUGUAUACAAACGUAUACGAAAUUCCGGGAGGCAUGUUCCAGAUCCCAACAGCGUAUGUUUGGAUUUUUACCGCACGCCUUGUUACUGGUCAAGGAUUACCAGACAAAGCGUGGCAGGCAUCAUUCAUUUUUGGCGCAAUUUGGGUUGUGUUGACAGCAUUGCGCAUCGCCGCUGCAUCUGCCCGGUUCGCACGCAAUGGGAAACCUCCCCCGUGGAAAGAUUGGAUCCCCGGUGGAAUCGCGGUUGCUGUUGGUAUAUUCAAUGUUCCAUCAUUCACUCUUGCGAGGGCUAUUGGUGGUAUCAUUGCUUGGUGGUGGGCUCGAAAACACUCAUUACCUUCUGUUGCGCGCGACUCGCACAAUGGCGAAUCUUCUGCUCAGCCGGAAUUCAUCGACCCAAGUACUAGACUACCAGGUCCUGCUUCUACCGGGAAAUCAACCGAUAAAGCAGAUGCUGCGUCUUCUACCAUUGUUGUUCUGGCGUCUGGGCUCAUCCUUGGCGAAGGUCUCUUGAGCAUUGUGAAUCUCUUACUCGCAAGCGGAAAAGUCCCACAUCUAUAG